AAUUGAACGCGGAUAAUCAAGCCCAACUCUUUUACAGUUAAUUUCUUUUUUAUUUUUUUAUUGAAAAAAGUCGAUUAGUACUAGGAGCUGUCUAGUGUCUUGUUUUUGUCGCGACAUCGCGUGGAAGGCACGUGACGGCGAGAACGAGCUUGGUACUACUGGACGCCAGUCUUGCUUCCGAUUCCUAACUGUCAAAAGUGGUUGGGUAACCCUUCUUCCCCAAUCUCGAUUCCCGUUGAGGUUUAGGGUGUUUCGCUUCUUGCUGCGGUUUCCGAUCCCAAUUUAUACUUUAUGAAAUUUUAACUGAUACCCAAUUUCGACCUGCUCAUUUUCACUUGAUCUCAUCGAUUUUCCAUAGCGAUUAACAAGAAUUGAAUCGUAACAGCAUGAAUUUCCUGAUUGGAGCUUUCAAGCCGGCAUGUAAUAUCUCGAUUACAUUUUCCGAUGGAAAAAGUCGCAAGCAGGUUCCAUUGAAAAAGGAAAAUGGCCAAACGGUUAUGGUACCUCUUUUCCAAAGUCAAGAAAAUAUUGCUGGAAAGAUUUCCAUAGAACCACUUCAAGGGAAGAAAAUUGAACAUAAUGGUGUGAAAGUCGAGCUCCUUGGUCAAAUAGAGAUGUAUUUUGACAAAGGCAAUUUUUAUGACUUUACCUCUCUCGUACGUGAACUGGAUAUUCCUGGGGAGAUAUUUGAAAGAAAAACAUAUCCGUUUGAAUUUUCUACGGUGGAAAUGCCAUAUGAAACUUAUAAUGGUGUGAAUGUGCGGCUCAGGUAUGUCCUGAAAGUGACAGUUAGUCGUAAUUAUGGUGGAAGCAUAGUGGAAUACCAGGACUUUAUGGUUCGUAAUUAUUCUCCAGCUCCAUCAAUCAACAAUAGCAUCAAGAUGGAAGUUGGAAUUGAAGAUUGCCUACACAUUGAGUUUGAGUACAAUAAAAGCAAGUAUCAUCUGAAAGAUGUUAUUAUUGGCAAGAUAUAUUUUCUUCUUGUGAGGAUCAAGAUUAAAAAUAUGGAUCUUGAGAUCAGGCGUCGAGAGUCAACAGGAUCAGGAGCAAAUACCCAUGUUGAGACAGAGACGCUAGCCAAAUUUGAGUUGAUGGAUGGUGCCCCAGUUAGAGGUGAAUCUAUUCCAAUCAGGCUGUUUCUUAGUCCAUAUGAACUGACGCCAACUCAUCGCAACAUUAACAACAAAUUCAGUGUGAAGUAUUACUUGAAUCUUGUUCUGGUUGAUGAAGAGGAUCGCCGGUAUUUCAAACAGCAGGAAAUUACAAUAUACAGGCUGCAAGACUCCUGAUUAAACAUCGCAUGUAACUUGACAUUCCAUCCAGUAAAGAAGAACAAAUGAUUAAAUGCCUUAGGGCACCUUUGUAAAGGUUCAGCCUUACGGCACCCUUGUAAAGCCUUGAAGCUUAGGAUUUUAACUACCAGAAUACAGGGUUCUGUUUCUUUGGAAGGGCUAUAAUGGCUUUGUAUACUUUGUUUGAUUGCAGUUUUGGCUAUGAAUUGUUGCAAUUAUGUACAUGAGUCGUGUGUGGUUGAGGGGAGUCGGUAGUUACUUUUUCAGACGGUCACUUGGCUGCCAUUUGCUGUUGGAAAUCAUAGUUCACAAAUUGCCAGUCCCUGUUCUAUACGGGAUUACAUGGCAUGAUCAAUUUUUAUUUCUUAUUGGUUUC